AAACAAUUGCAAAGAAAAUUCAUUCCCUUGUGGACUAUCAAUUGCAACAAACAACAACAGACACAUAUAGGUAUAGGACAAAAAGUAAGAAUCUGAAAGAUAGGAAAUACAAAACAAAAUGGAUAUCAUUCUAGAGCCAGUUGUCAACCAGGAUUUCCCAUGCCUAGAUACCUCUACUAGUGUUUAUCAGUAUGGUAAUAUCUGCUUCAUGGGAGAUGCAACCUCUAACAGUCAAUUUCAACAUAACAACUUUGAGAUUGCCUUUAAUAUGGAGCCUACACAAGGACAUGGAGAUACAAGUAGCCAUGGACAAGCAUAUUCUGGAAAUGUACCAACCAAUUCUGCAAAUGUACCAACCGAUUCUGCAAAUGUACCAACCAAUUCUGCCAAUAGACAAACAAAUGCCGAUACAUCAGGAUAUUUUGCCAAUUGGCCAAAACAAGAGUAUUCUGCCAACACAUCAGCGUAUUUUGCCAAUGGACAAACAAAUGCCAACACAUCAGGAUAUUGUGCCAAUGAACAAACAAAUGCCAACACAUCAGCAUAUUCUGACAAUGGACAAUCAAAUGCGAACACACCGACCUAUUAUGCCAAUGAACAAAUAAAUGCCAACACAUCAACAUAUUCUGACAAUGGACAAACAAAUGCCAACACACCAGCCUAUUAUGCCAAUGAACAAACAAAUGCCAACACACCAGCAUAUUCAGCCAAUGGACAAACAAAUGCCAACACAUCAGAAUAUUCAGCCAAUGGACAAACAAAUGCCAACAAAUCAGUGUAUUCUGCAAAUGGACAAACAAAUGCCAACACAUCAGAAUAUUCAGCCAAUGGACAAACAAAUGCCAACACAUCAGUGUAUUCUGCAAAUGGACAAACAAAUGCCAACACAUCAGAAUAUUCAGCCAAUGGACAAACAAAUGCCAACACAUCAGUGUAUUCUGCAAAUGGACAAACAAAUGCCAACAUACCAGCAUAUUCUGCCAAUGGACAGACAAUCAUGAACAUGGACAAAUCCAUUCAGGGUCAACAGGUGACGAGUUCUAUGGAAGAAUACAUUGACUUGGAUAUGAUGUUCCCCCUACCUAAGAUUGAAGUGUCUGACAUUGCAACAGUUCUACUCAAUGAGGAACUGAACAAUAGCUGCCGUGAUAACACCCCACUUGUGUCAACUAUGGCACAAAAUUCACCUGAACAGAAGGUCAACUUCCCCAGACUUACAGGUCAGCUCAAUAUAGACUGUUCCCCUGUAACAUCACCCAAUGAUACUCCUGAGUAUGUUGAUAUGCACACUGUUUUUCAGGAUAUAAAUCCGACCAUUCAUUCUACUCUUCAUGACUCUGUUCUAAGCGUCAUGGUAAAUGACAUCAUUUCUGACACUCACAACUCACCGACCUGCUUCAAUGAUUUUAGGGGUUCACCACUGAGCUUCAACCAUCUCAACAAUAGUACCAACAGCCCACCAUUGAGCACCAACAGCUCACCAUUCAGCAUCAACAGCUCACCAUUGAGCACCAACAGCUCACCAUUGAGCACCAACAGCCCACCAUUGAGCACCAAAAGCUCACCAAUGAACACCAACAGCUCUCCAUUGAGCAUCAACAGCUCACCAUUAAGCACCAACAGCUCACCAUUCAUCGCCAACAGCUCUUCAUUCAGCACCAACAGCCAACCAUUGAGCACCAACAGCUCACCAUUGAGCAUCAACAGCUCACCAUUAAGCACCAACAGCUCACCAUUCAUCACCGUUUACACAAACACCUCACCAUUCAACACCACCAGCCAACCAUUGAACACCACCAGCCAACCAUUGAGCUACAGCAGUGUUUACGUCUCACCACCUUGUUUCAACCUUUCACAUCCAAUGAGAAAACAAGUGAGACCCACCAAUAAGAAUGCCCAAACCAUGAAACCAGCACACAAGCAUGUGCUCCCAUACCCAAAGAAAAAAUUUCAGUGUCGAGAUUGUGGCAAGAUUUUUAACAACCAUGCAAACCUAAACAUUCAUCAAAGAAUCCACACUGGUGAGCGUCCAUUCUCGUGUAACAUCUGCAACAAGACAUUCACCCAGAGCGCCACCCUCAAGACACACACCAGGACCCACACAGGAGAGAAGCCAUUCAGUUGCGAGUUCUGUCGUCGUGGCUUCAGUGACUACUCCACCUACUCCAAGCAUGUCAGGACCCACACUGGUGACAAGCCCUACAAGUGUAACCUCUGUAAGGCUGCAUUCACCCAAUCUGGAAACCUGAAUCGUCAUCACAAAACUCACUUCAAAAAGAAUCCAAGGAAGACAAAGUUUACACUAUGAUUCCAUCAUAAUGUUCAUCUAACCUGUUGACAUAUAUUUCUUUGAUUAAAUGGACAGAUCUGUACAUAUUGUCAAAACAACUAAAUAUGCCAAAAUAAAGCCAUGGUUAUGAUUUGCCAACUAUAUAUUUUUUUCAUUUAGCAUGCACUUUUAUAAUGUUUUAUAUUUUAGAAUGAAUUGUGAAUAAGUUUGAUAUUAUAAUAUAAAUAAACCUAUGAAUAUGAAACCUGCAUUUUGUUUUAACCUUAUUUGCACUGUGACUGUGAAAAAUGUACCAAGAUUUUGAGUUAUAUUAAGCACACCCAUUGAAUCAAAAAUUAUAGCAAAAAAAAUACAUGUUUUCAUUUCUUAGUGUGCAACUCCCAAAAUCUGCAAGUGAUUAUCAAAUACAUGUAGUUCUUGAUCUCUAAUUAGUACAUGUAACAUCAUUAAGCUCCAAGAGAGCUCCAUUAUAAUCAGUAUCGCUAUACAUACCUCUUUCUCCAACAUGGCGAAGAAUUCACACAAUGCUACUGCAUCUUUUAUCUGAAAACAGAAACAUUACCACAACAUAAGAACAUGAAUAGUAUAGCUUUUUAUAGACAUGUAGUCUACUUAUCAUUAAGAGAUUUCUGACCUUAUAAAUGACCAAUGAAUUUUUUCUGAUCUUUGUUAAAAGACCAAAAUUGCAAAGCAUUUAGGGUCUUGGCAAUGGUAAGAGUACAUUCUGAGGUCAUAUAUUUGCCAUAAAUCUUGAAUCAAGGUCUUUCUCAAAAUGAUUCUUAUAUGAUAUACAUACUGGAAAAACAGCUAUUUAAAGAAGGUAUAUAAUUAAUUAAGAAGUCAUACAUAUUCCAUUAUAAAUCUCCACUCCAAUUGUUCUUUUUAUUGUCGUGUCUU